AUGGCCCAGCCACUCUGCCCGCCACCCUCCGAGUCCUGGAUGCUCUCCGCCGGCUGGGGCCCAACUCUGCCGCCGCCGCGGGCUUCCGACACGGACUACGGCUGCUCCCCCGCCUCAUCCCUCGACUCCUGGAGCAGCGCCCCAGCCAGCAGCCCUCUGCCCAGUCCCGCGCAGCCCUGCGUGCGCCCGGCUCCCCGCGCCCCGACAGCGACAGCAGGCAGACGCGGUGCCCGCUGCAGCCGCCUGGGCACCGGGCAGCGGCAGAGCGCCAGCGAGCGCGAGAAGCUGCGCAUGCGCACGCUCGCCCGCGCCCUGAACGAGCUUCGCCGCUUUCUGCCGCCGUCGGUGGCGCCGGCCGGUCAGAGCCUGACUAAGAUCGAGACGCUGCGCCUGGCCAUCCGCUACAUCAGCCACUUGUCCGCCCUGCUGGGCCUCAACGAAGACAACCUGCAGCGCCGGCGCCGGCGGCUUAGCGACGCGGCGACCCCUCGGGGCUGCCCGCUCUGCCCCGACGGCAGCCCCGCUCAGGCGCAGACGCACGCUCAGUGCCUGGGCUCGCCUGCCGGCCCCGCGGUUCCCUGGGGUCCCCCGCCUGCCAGUACCCGAUCCUUGGCGGCGCCGGAGCCACACGACCCUCCAGUGCUCUAUGCUGAGACUGCGCACCACGAAGGACCAUCAGUGGGGCCCAGCCCCUUAUCUCCGAUUUUUCCUGGCGAUGUGCUGGCUCUACUGGAGACUUGGGUGCCCUUGUCUCCCCUGGAAUGGCCUCCCGCCUGA